CACAAUGCAUCAUCGCUGCAAACACAGCUGCCAUGUUUGUACCCUGGUCGUGGAUGGUACUCGUUGCCGCAUAGACACUACUCCCGUAUAAGUCUCACGAUUUAUAUCGUCGUAAUGACGAAAUAUUAAAGAUUAGAUGCAUUCAAUUGUUUUAUAGUCGGACUGUUAGCGGGACGCGUCUUGCACCAUGUCAGCCAACACUCAGGAUUAUGACUUCGAUGAAUAUGACAAACCCGGUGCUGAGCGGUCACGCAGGCGGAGGGGUGAAGAAGAUGAUCUCGAAAGUGAUUUGGAAGAGGAGUUAUUGCAGGAGGAUUGGCUGUCAGGUAAAAAGAACCCCUCAGAAGUGUCCGAUGAGGAGCUGAAUGAUGACCUCCUGCAAAGUGAUGAUGAAGAUGUUAACAUGAGCGGCCAGAAUGUGAGCCUCAAUGCCACAUACAGCUUAGGUACAUCCUAUGAGCAGCAGGGCAAUGCACAGGAAACAGACUACACAGAUGACAUCGUGAACCUGGGUGCAGAGGGCUGUGAAGAAGGGGAUGUAGGGGAGGGGGGUGGCUACCAGGAAGAGGGGGAGGAGUACACCGAAGACUACAGCCAGGAUGGAAACACAGUGCUGCAUCAGGACCAAAUGGAUUACACUGAGGAGCAGGCUGAGGGGGACGACGGUUACCAGGAUGAAGUGCUAGACAUCCAAAUCAAUGAACCCUUAGAUGGUGAAUUUCAAGAUGAUGAAUAUCAAACCUCCUAUGAUCAGCCUCUGGAUGAACAUGGAGUCCAACAGGAGGCAGCCCCUGAGGAGGCAGAGGAGGAGGAGGAGGAGGUAGGGGAAGGAGAGCAGCAGGAAGAGGAGGAUGAAGAUACAGCCGAGGGCUCUCAGGUCCCUGACACAGAGGAGGUGGAAAAUGAAGCCGUGCCUGAAACAAAGGAGGAAUCAGACGAAGAAGAUGAGGAAGAUGAAGAGUCUGGUCGCUUACGGUUCAAAUCGGAGAGAAAGGAUGGAGCUGUUGCACGGUUGGCUGAUGCAGGCAGUAAAAGGAGGAACAUUCCUGAAACACUUGAACUAUCAGAGAAGGCCAAACAAGACCUGCUGCAGUUUGAAGAACAAGAGCGACAGAAGAGACAAAAUCGUUACGGAGGCCGAGGUAGAGGAGGAGGAGGAGGAGGAGGAGGAGGAGGGCGAGGAGGCAGAGGAAGAGGAGGCUUCCAGUCUUUUGGAAUGGGAGAUUUUCGAGGCGGAAACAGAGGACGAAUGAAUGACCAGCGGAUCCCUCCAAUGGGAAAUAUUGGCAUGCAGCAAUCCUCCCGUAUGCCUCUUCCUCAUCAGCUACAUCAGCAGCAACUGCACUCCCAGCAGCACCACAACUCACGUCCGAGAGGACCCCCUCCCUUCCAGGACCACGGGCGCCCGCUGGCCCAGCAGCCUCUUCAGCCCCUCAUACCCCCGCACAUGUCUCACCGCUCUCCACCUCUGCGGCCCCAGAUGGAGCCACCGCCACGAAUGAUGAGCCCCCCGCCACCCAGCUUCCCCCAGCAUCACCAGCAGCAGCCUCCACAGCCCAAAAACAUCCACAUUAACCCCCAUUUCAGAGGGCCCACGUCUUCCUCUGUACAAGUGCCCUUGAUGCCUCCUGCUCAGAGCCAGCCCAGACCUGCUGUGGGUCCUCAGAGAUUCCCUGGACCAGGAGACUUCCAUCAGCACAUGUCUGGUAAUUUUGGCCAGCCCCAGCGGCCCUCUCAUCACAUGGAGCCCUUCAGGAACCAGCCACCUCAAGGCCCCCAAGACAGAGAGCCCCUCUUUAUGGGAGAGCGCACUGAGUCAACACGGUUUCCUGGGCAGCAUAUGUUUGAUCACCAGGGCCCCAGCCCCCUGAUGAACAACAGCCACAACCUCCACCAUCAGCAGCAGCUGCCCAGUCAGGGCCACAUGGGCUUUGGCCCGCCAGGACCGGCCUUCAACCAGCCGAACCAGGGUCCUCUAGGACUUUUUUCCAGAGAGCCCCAAAGACCCAACCUCCCUCCCCAUCAAGGUCACCAGGGGAUGGUGGGCAUGAAUCAACAAGGAGGCCCCCCUAAUCAGCCCAGACCAUUCAUGAGCCCUCGUCAGCCAUUUGGCCAGCAGGGGAACCUUUUCCCCCCUCCACAAGUCCAGUUUGGGAUGCAGGUACGACUAAGAGGAUUAAUGCACGGCCCUCCUGUCUCCCAGCUUUCGCAUCACGACCCCUUGUCACCCCAUCAGCCCUUGCACCAGCACCAGCAACAUCAUAGGCAGGAGCUGCCCCAUCAUCAUCAGCAGCAGCAGCUAAAUGUCAAUGAGCCUCGCCCCAUGAUGCACCAUGGCCAGCAUCCCUUCCACCAACAGCAGGGACACAGUAGCCCGAGGCAGAUGACUCCGCGCCCUCAGAACCCCCAACAGCGAAACAUGUCCAACAGGCAGAGGAUGAACACACCUCUCUCCAAGCAAAUGCAACAGCGCAACAGCAACCUACGGGAGCUCCCUGUAGCACCUGGCAACAUGAACAUGAACAGUGCCCGCCCCGCCGCCAACGUUAGGCCUGUUGCCAAGGCAACGCAGGGGGUGCGUCCUGGGCAGAACACUCAGCCGGUGCCUGGCAGUGGCAGAGGAAGAGGCCAAGUUGCUGCCAAGGCUGAAUCCCUGCCCGGGGGAGAAGGCAGGACAGUGGUUCGCAAGGAAAUCCCAAGAACCCAGGCUAGCGCGGAACCACAGGAUCCCGAUGAGGACGAGGAGACAAGGCAGUAUCGUCUGAAGCUGGAGGAGCAGAAGCGUCUCAGAGAGGAGAUCUUGAAGAGAAAGGAGAUGCGACGGCAGAUGCAGGCUGGCGUCAGGAAGAAAGAGCUGCUGGACAGGCUCAAUUCCACUCCAAGUCAAGGCACAGCUCCUGCACAGAAUCAACAACAACAACAACCACAAAACCAGCAGACACUGCUCCCUGCACACCAACAGCAGCAGCAGCAGCAGCAGCAGCAGCAGCAGCAGCAGCAGCAGUCGCAGCAGCAGCAGCAGCAGCAGCAGCAGCUGCAGCAGCAGCAAGAACAGAGACAGCAGCACCAACUACAACCACAGCAGCAGAGACAGUUUCCCAUGAGAACGCCACAAUCAUUAAAUCAAUCAUUAAAGAACCCUAAUCAGGGCGCCCCUGUCCCUCCCAAUGGUGAAUCUCAGACCCCUACGCCUCGUCCCAACGUAAAGGCACGUCUGCAGAUGGUUAAAGGUAGCACCCAGCAGCCGCAAACCCCCGGGCCUCGUCCAAGUCUGCAACAGCUACAGCUGCAGCAACAGCAGCGAAGGAACAGUGCUCUGCAGAAUGUCAACAGACCUGGUGCUCAGCUCCAGUCCAAUCAGGCCCCUCAAAAGAACAUACUUGUGUCCCCCCCUGUUGUCCCCGGCCAGGCUCAGGCUCAAGGACCUAAACCUGGAGCUAAGAGAACUGUGAUGCAGCGGGCCAGGGACGCUAGUCCCAUAGACCCGCAGAUGCCGCAAAAAGUCCGAGUUGUCAAACUUUCAGGAGCGAUUGGAAUGGGUUCUGUUUCUGCCGAUGCCCCAACGCAGCAACAAGGCACCUGGCCGGCAACACCGCUCAACCAAGGCGUCCAAAGGAAGGUCACCGUGACAGGGCAGCAGCAACAGGGACCUGGAGGAACACCGCAGGCUGGCCGAGGGGGAAUGGGCAACCCACAGCAGAACAGGGUUGUCAUGUCGGGCCGGGGCCGAGCUAGAGGGGGUGGUCAGCUGGGUCGAGGUCGUCCGAUGGCCACCAGACAGAGCCAAAGAGGUGCAGAGAGCGAACGCUGUACUGUGUCCAUAGAAGGCCUUUCCUCAUCCACAACGGACUUGCAACUGAAGAGCCUUCUAAGGUCCAUUGGGCCCAUAGAGAUGUUCAAAAUGAUGCCCCAGCAGAGGAAAGCCGUUGCCAAAUUUUCCAGUCCGCAACAUGCAGCGAGUUUUCAAAUGAGCUUCCAUAGGCACAUGAUUGAUUUGUCCCACAUUGAUGUGUCGCUGAUUGAUGGAUGAGGAGCACAAAAGAGCCAGGGGAAGGGGAGCCCUGUUACAAGAUGUCACUAUCUCUCAGCCCGGGAGCCUCUGGUGCCCAGCCUUUUACCUGGAGUAGGAUCAUUCCUGCAGCCCUUAAUGGGUCAAACACAGUCAGCGUCCCUGCACAGAAGCAUCAUUCCUCUCUGUCAACCUGGAACAGUGAACGGAGAGACUUCAUCUGCGAGCAUGCAACUGUUUGACUUUGUCUACCAAAUAUCCAUUGUUGUAAAAUGGCACUGGAGAGACACUGGACAGUUAAUUCUACUUUAAUGUAGUAUGUUGAGAAUGUUCAGAGCAUCUUACACGGACACUAAGUUGAACUUUAAACAAGAUAAUGGUUGCUCCCCUCUUUACUUGGAUAAAAAUUAACACAUAAUCUUUGCAGUCCUAAUUUGACAACCUUCGAAGUAGUUUAUUAUCACUUGUGGCUCGCUGUUGGUUUCGGAUGCAGGGAAUGUUUGUGGCCAGCCUUUUCCUCAUAGCAGUGUUUCUCUCCCCCUGUAGAUGGCAGUAUUUCCUCACUAAUGGUGCUUUAGUUUCUCUGAUUGAACACAACUUUGAAGCACACAUGCGUUUCCAAGUGGUUUUUGGGUGAAUGGCGCGGCCCAGUGGAGAAUUUGCGUAUAGGCACAGAGGCUGAAUAUUCGGGACUGAAACGGUGCAGGGUUUAGCAUGAAUAUAGUUUCCUUUUAACUUCUUUGUUUUAGGAGUUUAAAUGUCGUGACUCUUUUGAUUUUGUUGUGUUUUUGAGUUUCAGUGCUGCCUCUUGGACAGUUUGUUGGAUUAUUAUUUGUUAAGUUCAAACAUUUGAUCGUUUGGUAUGGCUACUUGUUCUAAAAAUUGUUUAUUCUUUUAACUGUUACCUGGAAUUCAAUCUGGAUGUUUCCCUCAUGCCUUUUGGGAUGCGUGUUUUAGUUGUAAGUGUGAUUAUGGGUUAGAUUGAGGUUUCUCAUUAGGACUGAGUGCGCUUUAAAGGAACGUGUGAGUCAUGUUUAAUUCUUUUUUUAUAAGUUUUUCAUUUAAAUGUACAUAGUUGGAUUUGAUAUUAAUCAUUCGGUUUGGUUGGUGGUUUGGAGAGAAUUGCUUACAGUUCUACUUUGUCUACUCGUGCUGUAUACACAUGAUGUACAUUUUAUCUCGAAGGCUAACUCGCUCUAAGAUAAUUUACAUCUGCAUAGUGUACCCGGGAUAGCACUUUGACAAGCUUGUUUUCACUGAGCCAAUAAUGUAAAUAUCAGAACAUAGAGGAAAAUUCACUGCUGGUCUUUCCCCUUUAAAUUGAAUGCUCCAUAAUUUCAUUAUGAAAACAUCUACUGUUAUACCUUUAUUGCACUGAGAACAUACUCCUCCUUAAAAAUACAUUCAGUCAAAUCUGUGAAAAAGUCUACAAUCUAAAACCCGUUGAGCUUUCUCUGAGCAUGCACCCUUGUUUUUGGAAUGCUACCUCAUCCCUGACAACCCUCAAUUCUCUGAAUAUUUAAUUUCCAGUUUAUGGUUUAACUUCAUAUGAUAUCUCUACCAGAACAAAUAAAGCCUUUAGUCUUGUUUUAUUUCUUUUCCCUUCCAUGAGUUCUUGUUUUAGCAUUUCUCUCUCUCCAGAGUUUGAAGUUUGUUACACAAAAGUAGUUCAUUGAAAUUUUCUGACAUUACCCAGGUUGAGUAAUUCUAAUAUUCAGAAGUCAACAUUGUGAACCUAAAUCGCUGACAGUUUACAUACAGGCAUCUGAGGGGGCAACCAUUAUCUGUGUUAGUGAUCAUGUACAUAAGUAAACCAGAACUUUCUCUCAGUAUUUAAAUUCUUUUCAAGUUAUUCUUUGCUCAUGUUGUAUGGAGUUAAACAUUUUUAUAUGUAAGGAUAAGCUGAUGUGUCCAGUCAUAGAUGAUUUUACAAGUGUUUAGUUUCUAAUUCAGAUCCAGAAUGAAGAGUGACUGGACCGCAUUUCUGUUUAUAUCAGGCAUUUGACACAGACUUAAGGGAAAACAAGAAAAUAAUAAAAACAUGGCCAAUAUACCCUGAGCAUGCAGGUAUGUGAAGCCGGUUCAACUUUA